AUAGAAAUGAACCAAAGAAUGGUCUGACUUGUUAUAUCAAAAUUGUAAAAAAGUUAGUCGGUUAUUAAUUAGCUAAUUAUUGCAUUGAAUUGAUGAUGGAAUCUGAUCCUGACUGUUUACUUUUACGAGAAAUGUUCCAAAAGGCAUUAAAAGAUCCGCAAAAUGAGUUUGCUGUUUCUAUGUUUGCAAAUAUGAUUCGUGGUGAUUCUAGAUUUGUCGAGGAAGCAAUUGAAUUGAUUUUAACAAAAAUUAAUUCAAAGGAUAUUUCUGAGUCUGUGAGGUCUCUUGAAAUUUUAGAAGAAUGUAUGAGUAGGAGUGGUGCAGAUUUUCAAUCUGAAAUAUCAAAAUAUCGAUUUCUGAACCAACUUAGUAAACUAGUAUCAAUAAAACAUGAUGGUAAUACAACUGCAAAAGAAAUAAAAGACAAAAUAAUGGAUUGUUUUUUGCUUUGGACUGCUCAGUAUCCAGAGAAAGAAAAAAUUAAAGCAGUUUACGAUGGCCUUAAAAAAGAAGGAAUUCAGGACACAAAUUCAUCAAGCAACGUGACUAUAAAUUGCACUUACCAACGAAAAACUAAUUUGAUGGAUAAAGAAGAUGAAAAAAAAUUUAGAAGACUUUUACAAUCAACCAAUAAGGAAGAUAUUAAAAAAGCUAAUUUAUUAAUACAACAUUACGUAAAGCAAGAUGGCAAAAAAGCAGAGCGAGUAUUGAAACAAAAGGCUGAGCUGGAAUGUAUUCAAAAUGCUGUACAAAUUUUUAAUGAAGUUUAUGAAAAUUAUAUACAAGAAAAGUCGGGAAAUGAAGAAACUUUAACCUUAUUAGAAGAGCUAUAUGAGACGUGUACAAAAAAAGGACAUAUCGUAAGAAAAAUGCCGGAUAUAAUGGAGGAUUCCGAAGAAGAUUUGAUACGCGAAACCAUGCGGGUGAAUGAUAUGUUACUUGAGGUAGAAAACAAAUAUAAAAUGAUGUCUAGUGGGAAUGGAAAACAAAUAACAGAAGAAAUUAGGAAUGUAGUACCAAAAGAAGAAAAUAAUUUUUUAAGCGAUCAUUUAGAAGAUUUAUUAUCGGUGCCUUUAGAUCAGCCAAAACUUCUUGAAACUAGUUCAAACAAAGAAAAUCCGUUAGAUGAAUUAGCUGAUAUUUUUCCACAAAGUUUACCCUCAAACUGUCUAACACCAGCACCUGUUCCUAAGGUUGAGAACAAUGAGGAUUCAACAUUAUUGGAUCUGAAUACUAAAUCGGUGUCACAAAAACCGAUUUUUUCGACCAUAGAUGACUUAAGUAUAGAUCUGAUCAAUAAAGAACUUAGUAAUUUACCCAGGGCAAAAACUUUUCGAAAAGAAAAUUCAAAAAUUUCCCUGAAUCAACUUUCCAAAGAAAAACAAAACAUAAUUUCUGAAGUGACUGCAUUAAGUAAAGAGAAGGCUUCCAUUGAAAAAGUUGAUGAAGUUUGUAGCCAAGAAAAUAAAAACGUUAAUCCACUUCCUGUAAAUGAAAUGUCCUCCUUAGAAAAAAGGAAUGGUUCAGAUCGAAACAAUGAAGUUAAGGAGACAGAUUUGAAAAUUAACCCAAAAGAUAAUCUAUAUGAUAUCGAAAUUAAUUUUGAUGAAAUCAAACCAAGUAAUGUUGAACAAAUAAUAUUAUUUGAUUGUAACAAUGGACUUAGAAUAACUUUAAAUUUUGCCGCCAAUAAACCACGCGAAUAUACUUCUGUGAUAGUAGUUUCAAGCACUAACCAAGGUCAAUCACCUGUGGAUGAUUUUCAGUUUGACGCAUGUGUCGACGAUUCUCAGUUUGAGCAUGAGCCCUGUAAGUUGCGCCUACUUCAAAGAAAUGGGAGUUUUUUACCGGGAGUUAAACCGUUUUGUCCUCCAUCUGACUGUUUGCAUCAGAUAAUGUUGAUAUACAAUCCAACUGAAAAUCCACUUAAAGUAAGAUUUACUUAUAGCUACAAGCAAGGCGAUGAUCCCAUCACAGGAUCAUUAAUACGGUCUAUACCUUAUUUAAAAUGA